UUUUCAAAAAAGCAGGCUGUACUGCUGAUGUUGUUUUUUGCUGUUUCAUCUUACUUCAGUCAAAUAUCAGAAACGUCUUUCGGGCAGAUUGGUCAGGCGGUAUAUGACUGCGGCAUGGCCUAUGACUGCAGAAUGGUUGCCAACAUUAACUGACUGAAUGUCUGUUAUUGGGAAGAGGAAAAGAUUGCGCUGAGCACAGUCAGUUACAAUGAAGCGCAAACGUCCGGCGCAUCGAAAAGCCGGAAACUCUGGUAGCAAAAUAGUAGGAUUUGGCUGUAUCCGCUAGCGAAUGCGAGGCUUUUUCUUGAGGGCAAGAACAGAGUUUGACGUAUCAAGCCGAUCACUAUGAGGAUAUAACUCUGUAGAGGAACGAGUGAGCAGGUGCUUUAAACGAAUAGAUACGUUGCGUAGGCAGGAGUCGGCAGAUAGGGUGAACAAGGAACUUCGCAAAACCCUAGUGGAUGAUCUAUGAAAAGCAGCAGGUUUGGCAUAAAAGUUGAAAGGGGGUUCAGUUGGCAAAGUUUUACCAACUAGAAAAGGUACAAAUGAAAAUGCAGUAUUUACUUGAAUUCCAGCAGUUCAGAUUCGAUACAGGAAUCUCUGGAAAAAUAGACGGUGGGUUGUGAAAGAGGCCUUUUGUCCAAAAGACAUUUAAAGAAUUCUUUAUUACAGUUAGGAAUUUUUCUUGUCGAAUGAUAAAUUAGCAUUUUUAUUUAAAUCGCUCAUGGUUUUCCUUGAAUGCCUGCGAACCUUGUCAAGUCCGUGUGAUUCUUAAAAGAUGUUCUUGUAUUUCGUGUAUGAGUUGCUGAAAUUUCAGCGUAUAUUCCUUGUUAUUUUAGGCGAGUUCACAACGCGCAUGGCCAGUUGAUUCAAAUCGGGUGAUUGAGUUAAUUAUUUUUAUCUGAAUUUUUACUUUCUUCUUCUUUCUGAGAUGUUAAACAAGCUGAAAAAGGGCUUGGCCGAUACCAAGAUCAAGGCUGCGAAGGGGUAUCAAUACGCAAGGUUCAAGACAAGUAAUUUUGUACAUCCUAGUGAAAUAGAGCCUCAUAUUCAGUCUUUGAGAUACAAUCGUGACCAGAUUCCGAAAAUAUAUGCUCGCGUUGCCGAGUUGUGUUCAUCUCAAAAAGAGCUGAGUAGUCAAGAAAAUAAGCUGUAUUCUGAGGUUUCAAGCUCUUGCAACAGCGAAUAUGAAAAUCCAAGCUUGGAACGGUAUAUGCGCGCUUGGUCGGACUGCGAGUAUGCAAUAGCAGAAGCUCGAUCGAUUUAUUAUGCUUCUCUAGAGGAGAUUCGUAUCGAUAUGAAAUCUGUGAAAGAUGGCAUUUUGAGCAAUACCGUCUCUUUGCAAGAUAAGGUCAAUCAUGCACUCAACGACGUUAUUUACUGGCGUAAAAAUUCCAAUGUCAGCAAACUGUCAGAUGCAGAAUCGCGCUACAAACAGUAUAUUUCAGAGUUGAUCGAACUGAAGAAUCGCCUCAUUGAAACUAAGGAAGCAAAAUUCGAGGAAUAUAUCAGCAGCUGGUCCGAAAGUCAGCUUCAAUUCUUUACACAAUGUAUGAAUGCCUCCCAAAAUCUGGUCAAUCAGUUGAGGAGUUUUGGACCAGUCGUCAAAACCGUUUUUGAGCCUGUCGACAUUUCCUCACUCAACAUGAGCCAGAGCAACGUCACCGAAGAAGCCAGCCCUCCCUCUUCAAUACCUCCUUUACAAUCUCUCAGCAUUGAACCACCCGCUCAGCAGCCUCCAUGUAUCGAUACAGACAAGCCCGUCCCAGCUCAAAGAACCCCGCCUCCGCCACUAAAGCCUGCUAGUGCACAAUGCAUGUAUGAUUUCAAUGCUACGUCUUCAGACGAACUGAGCUUCAAAUGUGGCGAUAUUCUCAAGAUUCUGGACCAGUCUGGCGAGUGGUGGGUUGCUGAAUUGAACGGUGUCGUAGGUCUUAUUCCAUGUAACUAUAUCAAGCUACUUUGAGAUAUCUGUUCUUCUAGAUUUCUUUUUAUCUCACUUUUCGGACCAUUACAAACUUAAAGUUUCUUUGUGUAUCCACUCUAAAUAGGUCUGCCUGUUGGGAUAAGACAGUCUUCAAAUUCUGUCUUUUUGUCAUAUUUAACAACAAUUCAAAUUGUAACCGUUUAUAAUAUACUUAUCUAUAAGCACAUCUAGAUCUAGAUGCUUAAGCUGGGACAAAUUC